AUGGAUUUAUUGUGGCUCAAGCAAUUUACAGUCCUCCUCUGGAAAAAUUUUCUUUUGAAUAGGCAGCAGGUAAUUGGUUUGGUUGUGGAAAUCCUUAUAGUAUUCAUACUCUUGGCAUUAAUUUUGUUGGAACACAAACAUACAAAAAGGUAUUCAAAUGACGCCACCACUUAUAACCCUCUCCCCUUGACACUGCCUGCUUUCCUCAUCAAUUCUAUGCAUGAAUAUGAGUUGGUUUAUGUGCCUUCUGAAAGCAAUGUGGCCAGAAAAAUUACUGAGAUGGUGAAGAGGGAUUUAAAUUUCACUUUUAAAGUUCGAGGCUUUUCUUCAGAAAAAGAUUUUGAGAAGUACAUUAGGGAUGAAAAUAAGUCUGUUCGUGUGCUGGCUGCGAUCGUAUUUGAUCAUAACUUCAAACAAAGCAAUGAUCCUUUGCCGCUUCAGGUGGUGUUCUUAUUGGCUGGAUUGGAUGUAUUGAUCAAGGAUUACCACUUUUUGGACACAUUGCUCAUCCUUAUGCUGUUGGGCUGGUCUAAUAUUCCCUUCAUAUACCUGAUAAGUUUCCUGUUUUCUAAUAGUACCAGCGCCUACAUCUUUCUCUUCAUGUUCAGCCAAUGUGCAGGGCUUUUUACUAUGAUUGUGGAUAUCAUACUAAACACCAUAGACGGCAUAAGAUAUAAAAACACGAUACUUAAUUCAUUUAUGCUGUUACCCAUUUAUAACCUUGGAAUGAGCAUAAGCAAGUACUGUGACAUCCAACAGUUUAAGAAACUGUGUUCCUCCAUGAAUAUUGUUUCUAACUCCACAGCUUGUAUAACCGAACUGAAUGUAUAUAGUUUGAAAGAAGAUGCAAUUGGAAGGCAUUUAGUUGCAAUGGCUGUCACAGGAUUCAUUUUCUUCCUCUUGAUUUUCCUUCUGGAGACCACCUCAUGGAAACUGAGAACCAUUGUAUCUCGUUAUAUUUUCUUUGGUAUCUACAAGACAUUUAAUAAGGAUACAGUAUCCACGGAAUUAUCUGUGGAAUCUGAAGAUGAAGAUGUACAAAAUGAAAGAGAGAGAGUCCUGGAGCAGUCACAAGAGGUUCUGAAUUCCACAGUACUCAUUAAAGAACCCACAAAGGUAAGGUCAAGAAUUGGCUAUUGUCCACAGUUUGAUGCCUUGCUGGAUUACAUGACUGCUCGGGAAAUACUGAACAUGUAUGCCAGGUUGUGGGGGAUCUCUGAGACCACCAUUCACCUUUAUGUGAACAAGUUGUUGAAAUUGCUGAAUCUGGAAACCCAUGCUGAUAAGUUUAUCUAUACUUACAGUGGAGGAAACAAGCGUAAGUUGAGACCUGCUAUUGCCAUCAUGGGAAAGCCCUCAGUCAUCUUCCUGGAUGAGCCAUCUACUGGCAUGGACCCAGUCGCCCGGCGCCUGCUCUGGAACGUCGUGGCACAGGCAUGUGAAAGUGGCAAAGUCGUCAUCAUCACCUCCCACAGGUGUUUGGCAUUUUGGAGAAAGCUAAAGAGCAAUUUGAUUUAG